ACACACUGUAUAAAGAAGGUGAAGUUCCCGGGGAUUACUGGCGAUCUAGCAUUGUCUACGAGAUUCACGAUAGUAGAAUGAUUAUUAGAUAUCUACUUAAAGAGAGGACAUGAAGCCUGGGAAAAUCAAUUUUUAGUAAUUACAACGAAUGGUUCGGUAAAUUAUUGUUCAGGAUUGAGGGCUCAGUAAGGCAGAUCUUCUCCAGGCAACCGAACAGUACGUACUUGUCGUAAACCUGGCCGUGAGUUCAAGUGGGGUCAUGAGGAGUCCUAGCUUUCUGCCACAAAAAUCUGAGAUUCGCAUCAGGUAACCAAGACAGUGAUGAAAUCUCGAAUAAAUCUAUUUUGGAGGUGCAGAUGUAAGGAUCUGAAUUAAAAGUGACGCAACAAUCAUAUCUUUUAAUAGCACAAAUCACUGUACGAGCGAAAGGAAGGUUAAAGACACAGCCGUGCCAUGACGUUGUGCGAGUAAGUUCAAGCUCCUCAUCACUCAGAAGGAUAUAAAGAUUCGUGAGAACGCUGUGGGUGAGUGACGAAGAAGAGUCGUGGAACUUGGUUCAAAAGCGAAUCCACAGACGGUCACUGUUCCAGAAAAGUAAAAACAAGACUGCAGGGUCUGGAGCCUCGAAGACGCUGUCCGACGUGCAGGACAUCGAGGACAAUUGUAAAAUGAUGUUUUGAAAGUCGAGCAUCCGAGACCCUGAACGCGUCAAGUUAAGUGAAUUCACUCAAAACCAAGGGCUGGCCCCAUUAGUACAUCUAAAAGAAGCUUCUCGCUUCUUCAAUUUUGCAGGAAAUAGUUUAGAUCAUUCUCAGAUCCUCAUCGUUGUCUGAUCUCAUUUGCCUCGGUCUAAGGCUUAGCAUUCUGCCGGUGAUCACUUUGAUAAACUCAAUUUACGAGAAGCCGAGAAGCCGUGAUCCAAUCUCCGAUUGUACACGCUUUGCAAGAGACGAAGUGACAAUGGACUGGACAAAAGAAGAUACACAAUUGUACAAGCCGAGAAGUGAUGCGAUUUUCGAUGAAAGUAUCGAGUUCGACAGUCCUCCGAGAUCGAACAAUCUAAUGAUACAGCCACAUGACAUGGAAGAGAUGAGCCUAUUUUAUGAAGGGCCCUCGGUGUCAAGAGUUGGGCAUGCGAUCUCAACCGGCGAACGGAGUUUGAGACGAAAAGCAAUGAACAGAGCAUGCAAGCUAGGGCAGCUGUAUUCAGGUGUAAGAGACGAGAUCAUGCCCGAGUUCAUGCUGAUUGGGGAGGUUCCAGAGGACGCAGUGGUCUCAGUGGACAUGAAGCAGACUUAUCUUUCAUGGGAAGAGGAAUUCUCAACAGAAGACAGGUUCAAAUCACUGGAAGUAGAAGGAGAAUUGAAGUUGAGCAUCAUGCUCGGCUUGGCCGAUGUCAAGGGUGCCAGUAAGUAUCUUACGAGCGUGACCAAGAGUUCGACUUGUGUGAGGAUCUGCAUGGUUUACAGAAUUGUGACGAAAGAAGAAACUCUAAAUCUCCAACACGAGGACGUAGCGAGGAUGUUCAGGUUGGAAGCGUUGCAGGACUCGCCUGCUACCCACGUCGUAGUAGGAAUUCAGUGGGGCUACAGCGGGGUGAUCGUCUUUGAACAAGGCGUGACCCAGAAUGAAACUCGACAUAACGCCGAGGUGAGCUUGAAGGCUUCUUUGAAGACGGGGUUGGCUAGCUCAAUUGUGGGCAAUAUUAUGAGCGCCGCCAAACUGGAUCCCGGCGAAGGAGGUGUAAAAGUCACACCAAGAGAAAUUCAGAACGGCGAUGACAAUCUGAAGAGGAGAUCUGUGAAAAUAAUGGCCGACAUCAUGCCACAAAACGUCAUAGAACCGACUGACUUCCAGUCUGCACUAGAGUUUGCUCGAUCUGUUGCAGACAUACAACACAUCGAGAUCAACGGUGGAAGGGGUAAGCCUCAGGAAAUCCAUCUUCUCAGCGUAGAGGCGGUAUGUCAGAAACUGAGGACCACAUUCGUGGUGCAAGGAACCAUCUUGAAAACUCUGAGUAGCGAUGUAAUUGCUGCAGUAGAGAAGGAGCUGGAGAGGUUGGCGGACAUGACGCAACUCCUGACCUUGACUUAUGAGGAGGUAGAGGAAAAGGCCAGAAAGGUAGGGAUUUCAGAGGACGAGCUCACAGGCAUAGACAGAGUGCAGACUGAGAUUGCGAUAGAAACAAUGAGGUUCCGUGCUGUUUUGCGGGAGCUUUUGGUCGAUGUUCGGUCUGGAAUCAGAGAAGAGGGCGAGAUUGGCUAUUAUCUACGUGAAUUCCAGCGAACGAAAUGUUCUGCAGCGGGGCUGAAUGAGCAUUUGAAGACCUUGAAAGUUCUCGAAGAGAAAGUAAACUUUCUGGAGCACAUGCAGGGAAAGGGUGUGGAAAUUUUAAGGGAGGGCACGGAUCCCGAUUCGUUGGUUGCAGCCAAUAUCACCGUAUCUAGCCUGUACAUCUUGUGUUACGAUAACAAAGAGAGAGUGCAGCGAAAAUCAAGCUGGAUCUGUAACCACGAGCUAUUUGAAGAUUUGAUUGAGGAAAGCGAAGCGGGCGGUAAGUCCAAACUGUUCUUGCUAGACUACGCAAGCUGUAAAUCUUGGGGUCGAGAUCAGGACGUUUGCAUCCAGCUCUACAGAGGAGGGCUUUGGAAUCCUGACUACCUCAAGACUGUCCAGUCUACGAGACUGUCGAGCGACGAAAUGAAUCUACUUCUUCUGGGUCAGACAGGAGUUGGCAAGUCAACUUUCAUCAAUGCUUUCUACAAUUACAUGUCGUACGAUUCCUUAGAAGAAGCUGAGCAAGGUGGGGUGAAAGUUGCUAUUCCCAGCCAGUUCACCGAAGUCGACCGGUCUUUGAAUGAAAAUACCGUGACUGUGGGUGACAAUAGUCUGGAGGAUGAGAAUUUCGAAGAUCCCAGUCAGUCUUCCACGCAGAGAUGCAAGUCAUACCUCUUCAGAAUAGAGGCCGACUCCGGCAGGCAGGGGUUAUCCGUCCGUCUCAUAGACACACCGGGUAUCGGAGAUACGAGGGGAGAGGCUUGGGAUAAGAAGAAUAUCAAGAACAUCUUGAUCCAACUGAAGAAGUUCAAGCACAUCCAUGGGAUCUGCAUUUUCCUAAAGCCCAACGAGUCGCGGCUGAAUAUAAUGCUGGAGUAUUGUAUCACGGAGCUGCUGGUGCACCUUCACAAGAAUGCCAGCCGCAACGUGGCAUUCUGUUUUACUAGCGCGAAGUCCACCAACUUCCACGUCGGUGGCACUCUAAAGCCACUCCGAUCUCUACUGGAUAACAUUCAACGGAAGAAGCAAGUAAGUAUACAGAUUACGGAGAGCACCAUGUACUGCUUCGACAAUGAAGCGUUUCGGUACUUGGCAGCAUGCCAGAAGCCGCAAGGACCAAGUUUCCAAACCCGACCACCAGGCAGAAGCUGGGAUCAAUCGGUGAACGAAUGUGUCAGACUCUUGUCCAAGUUCAACUCCGUCGGAGCUCAUCUGAGCGAGGAAACGGUGUCCAUCAUCAGGGUCAAGAGUAUCAUUGAGAGCCUGGAGGAGCCCAUGAUGAUGCUAUCAGAACAGAUAAUCGAGAACUCGAGUGCCAUAGAGCGGAAGCGUCAGGAGAUCGAGGACACAAAAGAGGAUCUGGAGGCGUUGAGGAUGGUGCUAAUGAAGCCCACCAAGGUGGUAAAGUCAACCAUUUACAAGCUAGCUCACGCAAGAACCGUUUGCACCAGCCCUGCCUGCACGACCCACGUCGUCCUGAAAGACGGUCGGACGCAGAUCAACAAUAGAGUAUGCCACGAUCGGUGCACGGGCUUCGAAUCGUCCUUUAAAAUGAUCCAAUUAAUAAACAUUCGUCUAUGUUCAUCGAUGGUCUCGGGCAAGUGCAUUGAAUGCAAAUGUCGUGCCAGGGAUCACAAAUUCGUGACUUACGAGGUGAAGCAGGGACUGAGUGACAUGCCAGAAGAACCGAAAGACGGCGUCGACCUCAGGCCGCAUGGAGAGAACAGCGCAGCAGCAGUCAAGAGGUCCGCACUCAAACUGUACGAGACGAAGGUGAUGGAGCUCGAGGAUGAGAAGAAGUACAUUAACGACGCGCAGAUCAAGUUCGCUUUCUUUCUGCAGGAACACAGCUUCACUUCCACAAACGACUACAAGUCGAGAUACCUCGACCGCCAGGUCUUUCAACUAGAGAGCAAGCUAGCCAGCGCGAAGAACAUGGAUCAGAACAUGAGGAAGAUGAUCGUCGACAGGAUCGAGGAUCUGAAAUCCAGGUCUGACAAAUACAAGAGGGAGCUCCGAGAAUUCGCCGCGUUCCUCAAGGGACAACCCCAAGCCGACGACAUCAGCGUGGACAACAUCAAGGCCAUUCUCAAUGGCCUCAGAAAUCUUCCCACCUGCGGUUCCGUGUUCGAGACGCAGCUGGACUUGGAUGAGCAUGAGCAGCAGCUCGACGACUCCUGCUUGGAAUUUCAGAUCGAACUCACGGCCGAGAGAGAGGCGCACUCCAACACUUCUCUUCCGGCCAACCUCGUACGGAUGGAGGUACAUCGACAACGUAGUAGAAUUCACAGGGAUUGACCAGGUUGGCCUGUCUAUGGCAUGCUUCUUGUAUACUGUAUAGCUUACCUUACUACUGUAGUUUUCAGCCCUUCACUUGUACUUCACUUGUAAGUACUGUAGUAUCCUUCCCUUGUACAGCGUGGUUACCUUCUCAUGCUCGGCACCUUGAACCAACUGCGCCCAUCUUUCUGUGUCUUCCAUAAAUAUCUUCUGUAAAAAAUUCGUCCGAGUGUCUCUUGACGUACAUAGCGUAGAUUUGCGCUGCAGUCUUCGUUCCCAGGGUCAGCGCGUAGAUGGACAACCCAAGCUCCUAUAGGCUGAUUGCGUUGCAACAGGCGAAAGUCGAAGCCUUGUACUGCGUUAACCUUGUGCAUGUGUACAUAGAUCAUCUUAUGAGUCAAAACUAGUUUGUGUCAUGUUAUCUAAUCUUUUCUCACAAAUAGUCGUUGAUGAAUUUAAUUCUAAACCCAUGAGUUCUCUUCCUCUCUGCUGCAUCUAAUCACUUGGCCUUAUGGACAUUGCACCCAGUGACCA